UAAAAAAAAGGUAAGAAUUUUCUAAAUCUUAUGGGCGUAUAAAAAACUGUGCAUUGCGUGGUUAAUGGUAAUGGUGCUUCAUCACGGGAUUGCUGUGGCGAUGAUGGCGAAACCUCCGAUUAUCAGAGCGGAGCAACCAGUGGCUCCUCAAGAUCUAACUUCCGGCCGUACCUUUCUUCGCGGCGCUAACUCCCCUCCCCGCCGCGAUCUCGUCUUCGUCGUCAAUCCACGAGGAGCUAACGGAAAGACCGGUGAGCAAUGGAAGAAGCUGCUACCUUACCUCAGGUCUAGACUCUGUAGUGAUUAUAACAUAUGCGAAUCUUUGACUUCAGGUCCCUAUCAUGCCAUUGACAUAACAAGAGAGGCUAUACACCAGGGAGCUGAUGCUGUGAUUGCAGUUGGUGGUGAUGGAACUCUGCACGAGGUUGUGAAUGGCUUCUUUUUGGGUGGUGAACCUGUUUCCGAUCAUGAUCCCAAGUCUAUCCAUUCAACUGCUCUGGGUCUCAUCCCUCUAGGAACUGGAUCAGACUUUGCCAGAACAUUUGGCUGGAAAAAUGAUCCUCAUGAUGCCAUAGAACGGAUUGCUAAAGGGAUAAAAUGUAGGGUUGAUGUUGGAGUUAUAAGUGGAGUCAUUGGAGAACCACAUUACUUCAUCAAUGUUGCUGAUAUUCAUUUAAGUGCAAAGGCAGGUUAUCAUGCAUCAAAAUACAAGAAAUUUGGAAAUUUAUGUUAUGUUAUUGGUGCUUUGCAAGCUUUUUUUGGACACCAUAACCAGGAUCUUAGGAUCAAGGUUGAUGAUGGUGAGUGGGAAGUAUAUUCUCAAGUAACUGCUUUAUGCAUUGGGAAUGCAAAGUACUUUGGUGGUGGAAUGAAAAUCACACCAAACGGCAACCCAUCAAGUGGUAGCUUUGAGGUCGUUAUUCUUCAAGAUUUUAAGUGGUAUGAUUUCAUUUUCAAACUUCACAAGCUGUACAAUGGAACACACCUAUCAGUGAAAAAUGUAAUUUCAAGAAGUGCAUGUUCAAUCGAAGUCGAGGAGCUUGGCAACAAAGGCAAUGUUUAUGUCCAGUCUGAUGGUGAAUUUUUGGGGUUCCUACCCAGGAAAUUUCACAUAUUACCUGGUGUCAUCGAAAUGAUAUGCUAAUACCAGGCUGAGACGACACUUGUGCCUUUUGAUGAAACACACUUGAUUUUCAGAGAAUCACCAGCUCGUUUCUGGACUCCAUCUUAGUUGAGGUCGUUGCAGUGCCCUGAACACCUUGAAAAUUACUAACCGGGAAUGUAAACAAGAGCUUUUGUAGUUCAGAGUGAUAUAGACAAUAGGUUAGGAAAAGUAAUUAUUGCAUUAUGCCCGUGCAUGUUUGAUGUUGUUACAGAAAGAUUGUAGUAUCAUUUAGAAAAGACAUUUAAGGUUGUAGUUUUGUGUAUGCUUCUUGAAAUGCGAAGAAUGAAUAAAGUU